UUCAAGAAACGUAUUCAUGGGAGAUGUUGCUCCUUAUCGACUCAAAGUCAACAACCAUUCAAGGGUUCAUCUCAACACAUUUCCUGCUCUGCUUCAAAGAUGAACUGAAACCCAACACAAUUUACAAGCUCAAGAGGUUCAGCCUCAAACCUUCCAAAUCAGUUUACAGAGCCUCACCACAUAAGCACACAAUCAUCUUCACCAGCAAGACAACCUUUGCUCCUGUUCAUGAAGAAGGGGACUACCAGAUUGAAUCUCAGCACUUUCGUCUACGAGAUCUCCAAGUGUUCACCGACAUUGUUGACAAACACACAUACCUUUUCGCCGUCUCUAUUCCUCACAGAUAUCAUUGGCCUUUUGAGAGUCAUCACUCAUCAGUGGUGUCAACUCAAUGGCUACAGAUUAUUAAGUGAAACACUCUCAGCUACAGAUUAUUCCCCUUUAUGGUGUUCUUAACUCCAUAGACCGACAUGAAGCAUGAACUGACAUUGAAUGUUGCGAGCUAUUCCUCUGCAAGGACAGUGUAUCAACAACUAUAUAAAGGUUACCCUUCUUCACUUCAACAUCAGCCUCUCAAUCCAAAAUUAAUCUACUUUCUGUGAAAUUAAUGGCUAGAAUCACUACACCAUGGAGGAAGACUUGGUAGCGAACCAAGAGGUGUUUAGAAGGAGAAAGCCGAGGAAGAUAGAUCUAAGGUCUAUGAUAUUCGUCAUACAUCGAUGAGCGUUGGUAACUCGAGGACGAGGAGUUGAUUGUUGAGAAUCAUACAAUUGCGUCGUCUUCUGUGGGGCCUGAGUAUCACAUAUGGAUGCUGUCUUUCGUCGAUAAAGAUCAGCUCGAGCUUAGAUGCUCAAUCUUAAAGUAUGUUUUAUUUGGGUUUUAAAGACUAGAUCUUUGUUACUUAAAAAAGUACUAGACCUUUGUUGAGAAGGAUCUUUGGAUUCUUAUGUUGGCAUUGGAGGGUUAGAAUCUCAGAGUCAGGAGAUUAAGGAAGCCAGCCAAGGGUGUGAUUUUGUAUGGUGAGCGAGGAACUGGAAGAUACUACUUGCUAAGGUUUGCCUUCCUACCUACUGCUUUUUAGGUGAUGUUGUCUCAACCCUUUGAAUAAGCGGAAACCACAUCAGAUGACUGAGCAGUAGGUCAGAAUGGAAACAAACUUUUUGUUAUUCUAUUAUCUUUCAUAAUGUACACUUUAUCAGAUUCUGAUUUGCUUGUCUCGAUUUUAUGCUUGGGUAUUAACCAUCCAUGUUAUAUAGGUCGCUCUUUUUGUAAAUGAUUACGCCAAAAUUGUGGGGGCUGGUCGAUAGAAGGUUACUGUCAUCAUUCAAGAAAGUUUCGCAUGGUCGAGUAUUCCA